AUGCAAUUGGAUAAGAAGAGCAGUCGUGCACUCAUCCUCAUCAUUUCCACCUUCACUUAUCUCCUUUUUGGCGCUUAUGUCUUUGAUUUAUUAGAAUCGAAAGCUGAUUAUGAGCUCCGAGACGAGCUUACUUACAUUCGAUAUCUUCUACAAAAAAAGUACAACUUUACAACAAAAGAUUUUUCGCUUUUUGAAACGAUUGCUGUCAAAUCGAUCCCCCACAAGGCUGGUUAUCAAUGGAAAUUCGCUGGCGCUUUCUAUUUUUCCACUGUUGUCAUCACUACUGUUGGUUACGGUCAUUCUGCACCUGAAACAUUAGCCGGUCGUCUAUUCUGUAUGUUGUUUGCUCUAGCUGGAAUCCCCCUUGGACUUGUGAUGUUUCAAUCAAUUGGUGAACGAGUCAAUACAAUGAUCGCUUGUUGUUUGCAUAGGAUCCGUUCUCUCCUCCGCUCUUGUGGCUUUCAAAUCCUUCCGAAAAUCACUCCAACUCAUCUAAUCAUCACCUCUCUUUCCAUUGGAUCAACAAUUAUCCUCAUCGGUACCUAUGUCUUCCAUCGGAAUGAACGAUGGACACUUUUUGAGGCAUAUUACUAUUGUGUGAUUACUUUGUCAACGAUCGGUUUUGGUGAUUAUGUUCCAUUGCAAAAAGAGGGAAUCCUUCAAAAAGACCCAGUCUAUGUCCUUUUCACGCUUUUCUUUGUACUCACGGGUUUAGCCGUUUUCUCGGCUUGUGUUAAUCUGUUGGUGUUGAGGUUCAUGGCCAGCAACACUGAUCCAGUCUCCGCAGCAGCUCGUGAACCACCAAAAACUGUCGUUUUUGAGUUAUUGGCCUCGAGAACCCUCGCGAGUCGAUCGUGGGAUCCACAAAGGAAAACUUCGGCAUACUCGUCGAAUUAUCGGGCUUCAAUGGAAUCAUCAACUUCAAUGAAGAAAAGUCUCUCGAAUUUGAAAACUCAGAAGAAAAUCAGAAAACUUGAUUGUUGUCAUUGUUUCUCGAGAGAAGAAAAGAAGAAAAAGGAAAAAGAAAAGGGGAAUUCGAUUCGAAAGAUACCAUAUCGAGUUCGAAUGGGACCGAUUGAAAGUGUGGAACAUUUGGCUAGAUCUGCUUCUGGGAAAUCA